GCGCCUGGCCGCUCUCCCGAGCCCCUGCUUUCCCCUCCCACCCUCACAUUUGGUUGUCCUCAGCCUUCCGCAGCCUUCCCUGGUCCACUCCUUUCCAGACCCAGGGAUCCUGGCUCCAAAGGGUCUGGCCCCUGCCUCUCCCUUGCAUGGUCUUUGGAGACGCCGCAGGGGGCUCAGAGCGAGGGGUCCCCACUGGGGAAGUUUCUGGGAGUAAAGCGCCCACGCAGGGAAGGAGCCCUCUGAGUAGGCAGAGGGUGCUGUGUUCCGAGGUUUGGUUACUGCAGUGUGCUCUGCAGGGGUCUUUGGAGGGGUGAGGGGAGGGGUCUGGCAUGUUGCAUUUGGCUCCAGCCCUGGUUCAACGCGUUUUGUUCUCUGCCUCACCAAGGAACCCCCCUUUUCAGCCUGUGGCCCUUGUGACCCCCAGAGGUGGGCUGGAGAGCCCUUGACAGGACAGCCCCGUGUUCUGGGACAUGAACUUGGUACCUGCAGUCCCAGAUGAGCGGAUGUUCAGGAUAGGUGUCACUCAGUUAGUGACAGAAGAAGAAAGGAGGGCUCGAGCCAACGACCGAGAAUACAAUGAGAAAUUCCAGUACGCGAGUAACUGCAUCAAGACCUCCAAGUACAAUAUUCUCACCUUCCUGCCUGUCAACCUCUUUGAGCAGUUCCAGGAGGUUGCCAAUACCUACUUCCUGUUCCUUCUCAUUCUGCAGUUGAUCCCACAGGUGUCCUCCCUUUCCUGGUUCACCACCAUCGUGCCUUUGGUUCUCGUCCUCGCCAUCACAGCUGUUAAAGAUGCUACUGAUGACUAUUUCCGCCACAAGAGCGAUAACCAGGUGAAUAACCGGCAGUCCCAAGUGCUGAUCAAUGGGAGCCUCCAGCAAGAGCAGUGGAUGAAUGUCUGUGUUGGCGAUAUUAUCAAGCUGGAAAACAAUCAGUUUGUGGCGGCGGAUCUCCUCCUCCUUUCCAGCAGUGAGCCCCACGGCCUGUGUUACAUAGAGACAGCAGAACUUGAUGGAGAGACCAACAUGAAAGUGCGCCAGGCAAUCCCAGUCACCUCGGAGUUGGGAGACAUCAGUAGGCUCGCCAAGUUUGAUGGGGAGGUGGUCUGCGAGCCUCCCAACAACAAGCUGGACAGGUUCAGUGGGACCCUUUACUGGAAGAACAGCAAGUUCCCCCUGAGCAACCAGAACAUGCUGCUGCGGGGCUGUGUGCUGCGUAACACCGAGUGGUGCUUCGGGCUGGUGGUCUUUGCAGGUCCUGACACGAAGCUGAUGCAGAACAGCGGCAGGACAAAGUUCAAGAGAACAAGUAUUGAUCGCCUAAUGAAUACGCUGGUGCUCUGGAUUUUUGGAUUCCUGGUCUGCAUGGGGGUGAUCCUGGCCAUUGGCAAUGCCAUCUGGGAGCACGAGGUCGGGACGCGCUUCCAGGCCUACCUGCCGUGGGACGAGGCGGUGGACAGUGCCUUCUUCUCUGGCUUCCUCUCCUUCUGGUCCUACAUCAUCAUCCUCAACACCGUUGUGCCCAUAUCGCUCUACGUCAGCGUGGAGGUCAUCCGCCUGGGCCACAGCUACUUCAUCAACUGGGACAAGAAGAUGUUCUGCACGAAGAAGCGGACGCCCGCGGAGGCGCGCACUACCACCCUGAACGAGGAGCUGGGCCAGGUGGAGUAUGUCUUCUCUGACAAGACAGGCACCCUCACGCAGAACAUCAUGGUCUUCAACAAGUGCUCCAUCAGCGGCCGCAGCUACGGGGACGUGCUUGAUGUCCUGGGACACAAAGCCGAAUUGGGAGAGAGGCCAGAGCCUGUCGACUUCUCCUUCAACCCUCUGGCCGACAACGAGUUCUUAUUUUGGGACCCCACCCUCCUGGAGGCUGUCAAGAUGGGGGACCCCCACACGCACGAGUUCUUCCGUCUCCUUUCUCUGUGUCACACUGUCAUGUCAGAGGAGAAGAACGCAGGGGAACUGUACUACAAGGCUCAGUCCCCGGAUGAGGGGGCCCUGGUCACCGCGGCCAGGAACUUCGGCUUUGUGUUCCGCUCUCGCACCCCCAAAACCAUCACUGUCCACGAGAUGGGCACAGCCGUCACCUACCAGCUGCUGGCCAUCCUGGACUUCAAUAACAUCCGCAAGCGGAUGUCCGUCAUCGUGCGAAAUCCAGAAGGGCGAAUCCGACUGUACUGCAAAGGGGCCGACACGAUCCUGCUGGAGAGGCUUCACCCCUGCACCCGGGAGCUGCUCAGCGCCACCACCGACCACCUGAAUGAAUACGCCGGGGAGGGGCUGAGGACCCUGGUUCUGGCCUACAAGGAUCUGGACGAACAGUACUAUGGGGAGUGGGCCCAGAGACGGCUCCAAGCCAGCCUGGCCCGGGACGGCCGGGAGGACAGGCUGGCCAGCGUGUACGAGGAGGUGGAGAGCGACAUGGUGCUGCUGGGCGCAACAGCCAUUGAGGACAAGCUUCAGCAGGGGGUUCCAGAGACCAUUGCCCUCCUGACGCUGGCCAACAUCAAGAUUUGGGUGCUGACCGGAGAUAAGCAAGAGACGGCCGUGAACAUCGGCUAUUCUUGCAAGAUGCUGACGGACGACAUGACAGAGGUGUUCAUUGUCACCGGCCACACCGUCCUCGAAGUGCGGGAGGAGCUCAGGAAAGCCCGGGAGAAGAUGCUGGACUCGCCCCACGCUGUGGGAAACGGCUUUACCUGCCCGGAGAAGCGUUCUGCCAAACUCACGUCUGUCCUGGAGGCCGUUGCCGGGGAGUACGCCCUGGUCAUCAACGGGCACAGCCUGGCCCAUGCGCUGGAGGCGGACAUGGAGCUGGAGUUCCUGGAGACGGCCUGUGCCUGCAAAGCUGUCAUCUGCUGCCGGGUGACCCCUUUGCAGAAGGCACAGGUGGUGGAGCUGGUUAAGAAGCACAAGAAAGCCGUGACCCUCGCCAUCGGGGACGGAGCCAACGAUGUCAGCAUGAUCAAGAGUGAGUGUGGACGUGGGGCGGGGGGUCGGCUCCACCCCGCUGCGAUUCUGAGCGUGCGACUCUGCUUCCCCUCGUCACCACCUGGCCCUGUAGCGGCUCACAUCGGCGUGGGCAUCAGCGGCCAGGAGGGCAUCCAGGCCGUGCUGGCCUCCGACUACGCCUUCUCCCAGUUCAAGUUCCUGCAGCGCCUCCUGCUGGUGCAUGGGCGCUGGUCCUAUCUGCGCAUGUGCAAGUUCCUCUGCUAUUUCUUCUACAAGAACUUCGCCUUCACCAUGGUCCACUUCUGGUUUGGCUUCUUCUGCGGCUUCUCUGCCCAGACUGUCUACGAUCAGUAUUUUAUCACCCUUUACAACAUCGUGUACACCUCCCUCCCAGUCCUCGCCAUGGGGGUCUUCGACCAGGACGUCCCGGAGCAGCGGAGCAUGGAGUACCCCAAGCUGUAUGAGCCAGGCCAGCUGAACCUCCUCUUCAACAAGCGGGAGUUCUUCAUCUGCAUUGCCCAGGGCAUCUACACGUCCGUGCUCAUGUUCUUCAUCCCGUAUGGCGUGUUUGCUGAGGCCACGCGGGACGACGGCACCCAGCUGGCCGACUACCAGUCCUUUGCGGUCACCGUGGCGACUUCCCUGGUCAUCGUGGUCAGCGUGCAGAUCGGGCUGGACACCGGCUACUGGACGGCCAUCAACCACUUCUUUAUCUGGGGCAGCCUGGCUAUCUACUUCGCCAUCCUGUUUGCCAUGCACAGCAAUGGGCUCUUCGACAUGUUUCCAAACCAGUUCCGGUUUGUGGGCAACGCCCAGAACACCCUAGCCCAGCCCACGGUGUGGCUGACCAUCACCCUCACCACCGUCGUCUGCAUCAUGCCUGUGGUCGCCUUCCGGUUCCUCAAGCUGAGCCUGAAGCCCGAUCUCUCAGACACGGUGCGCUACACCCAGCUGGUGAGGAAGAAGCAGAAGGCCCAGCACCGCUGCCUGCGGCGGGUGGGCCGCACCAGUUCCCGGCGCUCGGGCUACGCCUUCUCGCACCAGGAGGGAUUCGGGGAGCUCAUCAUGUCCGGCAAAAACAUGCGGCUCAGCUCCCUGGCUCUGGCCAGCUUUACCACCCGCUCCAGCUCCAGCUGGAUUGAGAGCCUGCGCAGGAAGAAGAGUGACAGCACCAGCAGCCCCAGCGGAGGGGCCGAUAAGCCCCUCAAGGAGUGAGGGCUGACCCCGGGGCACAAGCCCCUCAAGGGGUGAGGGCUGACCCCGGGGCACAAGCCCCUCAAGGGGUGAGGGCUGACCCCGGGGCGCCUUGCCGGCCACGAGCGCACGGGGCGGUCCGGCCACCGAGAGGACAGCUUCUCGGAGCUGCAGGCCCCCACGCCCACCUCGCGUCCCUCCUUGCAGACCCCAUCCUGCUGGCACCUCCAGCCCCGGGAGGGGGGGUGGUGGCGGGGGCCCAGAGGGCGGAGCAGGGACAGGGGCAUCAGGAGCCAGCCCCAGGGAGGGGUCAGAUGUGGAACCAAAAACUGAAAUUGAGAUUGGGUCUGCCCUUGCCCUGCUUGGAGCCCACAGGGAGACUAGAAUCUCUGUAUUUUUUUACUCCCACUCCCCAGAGGGGGCUGAGGGCCUCUGUUCCUGAAUUACACAAGAAUGUAUCAUGCUGGGAAGCCAGAGAUCUGCUGGGGCCCACGGGCCCCUCAUGUCGUGUGUGUCUCUCCUUGAUCUGUGUUUGUGUCCAGUUUGGUUUUGUGUUUCUUUAUUUGGCAGGAGGAGGGGGCCUCUGACUGACUUCUGUGUUGUGGGAAGAGGAGGCUGGCCCCCCAGGGGUGCCCCAGCUGGCUGGACGGGGUGGUCCGCAGGGCCCUUGAGGGCUGCAAGGCUGGCCAGGGAGGGAGGCCCCUGCCAGCCCCAGGGGUCCGCAGAGCAUGGGGGAGGAGGAUUUGGUCCCGUCUCCUUCCUCCCCCAACACACGUAUCAGUUCCUGGGUCCGUAAGUCCUGCGGGUUUGGGCUGGAGCCUGGGGCGCAGUCCCGUCAUUCUCUGACCUCAAGCUGGGUGUAAGAUGUCGUCCAAAAAAAGAGAUUUCUUUCAUUUUAAAUUUGGAUCUGAGUUCAUUAGCAGAGUCCCAUCUGUCUUCCGUCCUCCAUCAUCUGGCAUUUUCCUGCUCCCGCACUCCGGAGCAGAGGCCGGGCUGAAGGGGAAGCUGGCCUCCACUGCUCCCUUCUGGUACACGAGGGGUCCCGCCCCUCCAGGCCCAGCAUCCAGGAGAGCUGUGGAGGAGCGGGGCGGGGGCGGGGGGCCUCGAGCUGUGCCUGUCACACCCCAAAUCAGGCUUCUCCUGGGGCAGUUGCUACCAGUUCAGUCUGGGUAGUGGAGGGGGUGCUGAGGGUUGGUGUGGGGCUGGUCUUACUCAGUGCGGCAGCCUCGAGGCAGGUGGGCUGGCCAGGGGGCCAGGGGGCCAGGGGAGGGGAUGCUUGACAGGGAAAACCCUUUUGGCUGCACAGUUUACAAACCCAACAUCAUGUCUGUUUGUGUGUCUCUCAAGGUGAGAGUCUGAUUUUUAUACCAAAGAGGAAAUGAUUUUUUUUCAUAUUUGACUUGUCUAUAUUAUAUAAAUAUAUAUAUAAAUAUAUAUAUAUACAGUUAUAUAUAUAUUAUUUUUUUGGUUCUCUCUCGUUUUUUAGGGAGGGAGGCAGUACCAAGUUGCAUUGAGCUGUAAUUAAGGAACGUUCUGUAUAAUUUAUGACACAUUUCUAUACUUGCAAGAAUUAUAUCAUUUUAUGGACAUAAGAGAAAAAAAUGCCUUUUUAUAAAAUUCCAAUUUCUGAGAA